UUCUACACUUUCACUCACACACACACAUACAACAUUCUCCAUCAAUAUCGGUGGUGCAUACAUUAGUCCAAAUAUAUUCAACAAGUAAAGAAAUCAGUUCUCAAAUCAUUAAUCAAGAUAUCGUUUCAUCGACUUGUGCCAUAUUUGGAAUUUCUGUGGCAGAGUGAAAUCCAAGUAGCAAAUUAAUUAGUAGUAACAUUUAUUUGAAGAUGGUGUUAUUAAGGAGAAGAUUAAAUUGUUGUACAUGGAACAGGGGAAUCACUAAUAGCGUGGACUUUGAUCAACCACCCGAUAGAAUUAUGACUUACAACGGGCUUGAGAGCUGCAUUUUAAAUGCCACCUCUUAUGAGGAUGAAAGUGUUACAAGUAAAGGAGACGGAUGCUCAACCGACUCACCUUCCAGCAGUUGUUCUAGCAACAAUCCGUCUGGAUCAUUCUUUUCUCAGUGGAGCGUGAAGAAAAGAGAUGAACACGGACUGGACGAAUGGAAUUACUCAGAAAGCCCACAACGGCUUUCCAACAAAGAAACACCGCCAUAUAUAGUUGCUUACUCAGAUGUGGAGGAAAUAAAAGAAAAAUUUGGAAAACUUUUGUUAGGCGAAGAUACUACAGGAGGGCGCAAUGGAGUCACCCCUGCUUUGGCUUUGUCAAAUGCCAUAACUAAUCUAGCAGGGACCGUUUUUGGUGAGCUAUGGAAACUUGAGCCUCUCCCAGAAGAGAAAAAGAACAAAUGGAGAAGAGAGAUGGAUUGGUUGCUUUCUCCUACAAACUAUAUGAUUCAGUUAAUUCCUGCUAAGCAAUGCAAUUCAGACGGCAGAAUGUUAGAGAUAAUGACACCAAAAGCUCGUGGGGAUGUUCAUUUGAACCUUCCAGCACUACGAAAGUUAGACUCCAUGCUUAUUGAAGCAUUGGAUGUAAUGACCGAGACAGAAUUUUGGUAUGAGGAGGGUGGUAGCAGAGCUGAAGGAAGAAAUAAGAAUCUAAAGCAAAGCAAAAGAUGGUGGCUUCCAAUGCCACAAGUGCCCAUAGGCGGUCUCUCAGAUGGUGAAAGGAAAAAGUUGCUUACUCAGGCAAAAUUGGUUCAUCAAAUUUUCAAAGCUGCUAAAACAAUUAAUGAAACUAUUCUGCUUGAAAUGCCAAUACCUAAGAUAAUUGAAGACGCACUUCCCAAGUCUGGAAAGGCCAGCCUUGGCGAGGAUCUAUAUAGGAUACUAAACAAAGUCUCCUCCCCGUCCUCCAGUAUGCUCAAGUCGCUGAAUUUAAGAUCAGAAAACAGCGCCCUCGAUGCCAUUAACAGAUUGGAAGCAGCAAUACAUGCAUGGAAAGACAAGAUUGAGGAACAUGACAGUGGUAAAUCUCCAGCCAGAACUUCCUGGUCAUUUAAGGAUCCUAUUUCUGAACUUGACAAAAUGGAGUUGUUAAUAAACCGUGCUGAAGAGCUUUCACGAGAAAUCAAAAUGCAGUAUCCUAACCUCCCUCAGAAGUUUCUCGAUGUCAUGAAAAUUCAAUACGGCAAGGAUGUUGCACAUGCGAUCAUAGAAGCUUAUUCUCGUGUUCUUGGAAACUUGGCAUUCAGCAUACUAACAAGAAUUGGAGACGUCUCUCAAGAAGAUAUACUAAGCAAUCCUGAUUCACCAAUGGCAACAAACAGCCUCCCAGGGGUGAUUCUUCCAGGAACUUCAGGUGGAUCUAGUUCGAGUAUACCGGAAAAACACACACUAACUGAUAGAAUAGAUAACAUAGAAGGGAAGCUGAUUAUGAUAGAACCAGAAGAGGCUUCUGAUACAGCAUUGUUAAGUGAUAAACAGAAGAUCGGUGACAGCAACACCUAAUAGAGGCUCUGGAUGUUAUCUUGGACACGAGGCUUAUUUUAACAUUCCCUGCAGCCACCUCUUGAUCUCCAUAACAUCAAAGUAGUCGCAGUCAUAUUCUGUAAAUGUUAUUAUAUGCUUUUAAUGAAUUUCAGAUUAUGUUCUGAUUAAACCGGAUAUCGGGUUAAUCAGAAAACUAGAGCCAUAGAUGUAAAUGACCUGAAUUAAAGACGCACCAAUUGACUUAAGUUCAGUUAUGAAAAAUAUUAACUUUUGUAUACAAAGAUGAACAUUUUAGUA